AUGGCGCUCGUGGCGGCUCUAUCAGCAUGGGAUGAUACCCCAUCAACUUCCGUAGAAGGUGCGAAGAGGUACGACGAAUUGAGCAGGGCGACUCAGCUGGUGCACGAAUGGCUAUACCCCAAGGACAUCGCUAGUACCACGACCGAAGCCCCUAGGACAUCCGAGACGCCCGAGCAGGCGGCUGCGCUGCGCUACCUCACGGUUGAGCGGGGAUGUACGGCCGAGCUCUUCAAGGAUUUCUUGGAUAUGGUUCAUGCGCGCUUCUAUCUCGUCAGAAGGGAUAUUGGGCGAUAUAUGGGCAGACUUCAGGAAACGGAGGCUCUAUCGGUAGUGGUGCAGACAGACGAGGUGAUGAAGGAGAUGCUAGAGCGACUGGUCCUAUGGCAGCGGACCUGGGGUCUGCCUCUGCGGCGCUUCAACGAUGCGAAGCUUCUCAACACAUACACCUCGACGUUCCAAUCCCUCUUACACGCCUCGCUUCCCCCGAAAUUCCUCGACUACCUCCAUACCUUCCUCACUGCCUCCCUCGCCUCCGUCUCGACCUCCUUCACAGACGCGCCUGCCCCUCCUGCCCAUGGCGACCUAUUGCAGAGCGUACCGAUGCCGCACCGCAAGAUCCCGCCGCCAUCACCGCACCUCGCCCGGCUGGCGAUCUUCCUGCGGUACUCGUCGACAUUCAUGAACGUCGCGUUGGCAGAGAUCGAGCGUGUGGCAAAGGAAGAGGCGGAGAAGGGAUGGGAUGUGCGAUGUCUGUCGCGCGCGAGGCAGAGGGUGGGGGAUGGGGUGGUCAAUUGGUUGGCGGGAAUGAUGGAGGGACAGGGACAUGGGCUGGAAGCAGUACAGGUUGCUAUGCGGAGCAUGUUCUCGCGGUUCGACUACUACUUGUGCAAGUGCUUCUUCGAGAUCAGGACCGAUGAGCUGUUCAGCAUCAUCAUUGACUAUCCGGAGUCCAUCUCUGCUCUGGAGGAUUUACGAGAAUGCCUCUUCAAGGUGGACCAGCGGACUCUCCUCGUUGAGAAGCUGCAAGCUGCCAAUCUCAAGCGCCUCUUGCAUCCAGGCGCAGAUACCAAAGACGUCCUCGCACAGUAUAUCUCCACCAUUCGCUGCCUCCGCAUACUCGACCCGCCCGGCGUGCUCCUGCACAAAGUUGCUGGACCCAUUCGCGCUCACCUUCGAGAUCGGCCAGACACCAUCAAGCACAUCGUCGCCGCGCUCGUAGAUGGCGAGGAGCUUCAGGACGAGAACGAGGUUGGAGGGCUGCUGCGGCAGGGCAAUGACGAUGUGGAGGACUUCUCAGAUCCCAAGUGGGAGCCGGAGCCGGUCGACGCUGCCCCAGAGUUCCGAUCUGGCAAAGCCGGCGAUAUCGUCUCCACCUUGGUCAGCAUUUACGAGACGCGCGAGGUCAUCAUCACCGAGCUUCAGAUCCUGCUUGCUCAAAGGCUGUUAGCUGUCAAGGACUACGACGCGGUCAAAGAGAUUCGCAUCAUAGAGCUACUAAAGCUGCGCUUCGGCGAACAAGCCCUGCAGGUGUGCGAUGUCAUGCUGAAAGAUAUGGCGGACUCGAAGCGGAUCGAUGAUAGGAUCCAGGGAGACAUCAAGACCUCUCUGCAUCCGCUCAUCUUGUCCAAUCGAUUCUGGCCGGACAUACAGAUAUCAUCCUUGCAUCUGCCGCCAAAGCUACAAGCGCUACAACGAGACUACGAAGCCGCAUUCAAUCAAUUCAAGCCAGACAAGCACCUUCGCUGGAUGCAACACCUCGGGACCGCUCGUCUGCGGCUCGAGAUGGAGGACCGGGUCAUCGAAGCCGAAGCCGAUCCGGUACAAGCUGCGAUCGCCGAAAUGCUCGAAUCCCAAGCUGAAUGGACGGUUUCUGACCUGGCCGAAAGAUUGGACUUGCCAGACAAGAUGGUCAGGGAUGGACUGGUGUUUUGGACGGGGUUCGGGCUGGUCAAGGAGGACAAGGGAGGCAAAUGGCGGCUGCUGGAACGGGAGGAAUGA